GAUGUUAAGGAAAAUCCGUGGUUUCUUUAACCAACCAAUCUUAGACAUUUGGUUAUCGUCCCCCCAAAAGAAUAUACUGCUGUACAAGGAUUACCAGUGUAAAUCUUCCUCUCCUGAUUGAUUCCUCUGUUCUUUUGUUGUAAACUAAAUUCUUCCGGUGGUGGAAAUAACCGAGUUGAUGGCUCCAACGGGGAACAAGAAUAUACAAUCCAAGCUGGUGGGUGCUUCUUGGGGACAUGGGGACUGGGAAGACCAGUUUAGCAUUAAGAUUUGUCAAAGGCCAGUUCCAUGAUUUUGAGGAAUCAACCAUUGGAGCAGCCUUCUUUACUCAAGUCUUGUCACUCAACGAAGCUACCAUAAAAUUUGAUAUAUGGGACACAGCAGGACAGGAACGUUAUCAUAGUUUAGCUCCAAUGUACUAUCGAGGUGCAGCUGCUGCUGUUAUAGUUUAUGAUAUCACAAACGCGGAUUCAUUUGAACGGGCCAAAAAGUGGGUUCAACAACUGCAGCGACACGGAAAUUCCAAUAUGAUUGUGGCUUUGGUGGCAAACAAGGCCGACUUAAGUUCAGACAGAACGGUGGAAAAUGAGGAAGGGGAGCAUUAUGCUAGAGAAAAUGGCUUGCUAUUCUUUGAAACUUCAGCAAAAACUGCACAGAAUGUGAAUGAGCUAUUUUAUGAAAUAGCCAAAAGUUUGGCAAAGGCAGUCCAUAUACGACAAGCUGGAAUGAAACUGCAAAGCAGAUCUGCAGAUCAGAGAAGAGGGCUCUUUUGCUGCUCUGGAUGAAGACAAACAUGAUUGUAGGAAAACGUCCCUUCACAAGAAGCGAAAACUCACUGAUACUGGUGGAAACUCUAAAACUAGCAUCGUGGUGCAUAACUGCUGUCCAAUACCAUUGUUUCCUGAGGAGAUAAAAGGGACAGAAGAGGAAGAGAGAAGAGGGGGGAGGGGGGGGGGGGCUUGUUCCUGCAUCUUCAAGUGUUACUUUUGAAAGCUACAAAUUCUUUGAUUGCUUUGGAUGCAUUGUAUACUUGUGCGCAUAACAUUAAUUUCCAAGUCGAGCACUAAUCUUCGGUGAAUAUGAUGGAUGAUAUUAGAGCCAGGUUUCAAUAAUAAACAAGAGAAUAAAUUGUAACAGAGAAUUGGACAUUUCCUAUGACCUCUCGCAUUUUUCUUAAUUAAUCAAAGUUUUCUGCCUA